AUUUUUAUGCCACCAUUCCUUGGGUAUAAAUUUGAGCAACUAGGGUUUUUAGUCGUUUGUGCUUCUUCUUUGCGAUAUUCAAGAGAAAGCAGCCGCUACCCUACCCUCCUCUUCUCCUCCACCAAUUUCAGCCAUGGCUGAGGAAGUGCACGAUGCUGGGCUUGCUCCAGAUCCCUACCAGAUCGACGUCAAGCUUUUUAACCGUUGGAGCUUCGACGAUGUCCAGGUAAAUGACAUUUCCCUUGCUGAUUACAUCGGCGUGGUGGCAUCCAAGCAUGCCACGUAUGUUCCUCACACUGCUGGUAGGUACUCUGUGAAGCGGUUCAGGAAGGCCCAGUGCCCCAUUGUUGAGAGGCUCACCAACUCUCUCAUGAUGCAUGGUAGAAACAAUGGCAAGAAGCUCAUGGCCGUGAGGAUCAUCAAGCAUGCCAUGGAAAUUAUUCAUUUGUUGACUGACCUGAACCCCAUUCAGGUCAUUGUCGAUGCUGUCAUCAACAGUGGUCCCCGUGAAGAUGCAACUAGAAUUGGUUCUGCUGGAGUUGUAAGGAGACAGGCUGUGGAUAUAUCACCUCUUCGCCGUGUUAAUCAGGCUAUAUAUCUUCUAACAACCGGUGCACGUGAAGCUGCAUUCAGAAAUAUCAAGACAAUUGCUGAAUGCUUGGCUGAUGAACUUAUUAAUGCAGCAAAAGGGUCAUCCAACAGCUAUGCUAUCAAGAAAAAGGAUGAAAUUGAGAGAGUUGCCAAGGCCAAUCGUUGAGCAGCUCGUGGAAGUAAUAUUUGCGAUCUGGGAGAUUUUGUUUUUGUUCUAUGUUCUUCAUUUAAUGAUAUUUUGAUCGUUUGCUGGCAUUAGUUGCUUUUUAGCUUAAGUUAUAUGAAUGAUUUUGUUGCUGGGACGAAAAUUUGUGUUCUAAGAUCGCGGAGUUAUAGAACUAGCCUGUUUCGUAAAUUACACUUCGAAUUUAAAUGGUGGUGUUGGGCAUUUUAGCCAGUGUUUUAUAUUCA